AUGUUACAGAAGCUUCAGAACCUUUCCCUCCUAUCCAAAAACUGCCAUCCAGCCGAAAAGAUGUCUGGACCACUCGCUGGUAAGACCGCUCUCAUUACUGGCGGCAGCAAGGGCAUUGGAGCCGCUACCUCUCUGCUCCUCGCCAAGUCUGGUGCCAAUGUCGCCAUCAACUACUCUUCAGACUCCAGCGCAGCCGAGGAUAUUGCCAAGCAAAUUGGCCAUGAGCAAUCCCUACUCAUUCAAGGUGAUGCCGGCAGCAUCCCGGACAUUGAGCGUAUGGUUUCCGAGACUGUGAACAAAUUCGGCAAAAUCGACAUUGUGAUUCCGUGUGCUGGUAUCAUGCUCUUGAAGAACCUCGAGGCCACGACGGAGGCAGACUUUGACAAGAGCUACCACCUCAAUGUCAAGGGUCCUUACUUCCUCUGCCAGAAAGCGGCACCCCACAUGCCUGAGGGUUCUCACAUCGUACUCAUCUCCACCACUCAAUGCACCGCCACCACAGUUCAAGCGCCAUACCUCCUCUACAACUCCACCAAAGGUGCCAUCGAGCAGAUGACCCGCGUCAUGUGCAAGGAUCUUGCGCCCAAGGGCAUCUCGGUCAAUGCCGUGUCCCCUGGCCCCACCGGCACGGAGCUCUUCUACAAGGGCAAGACGGAGCAGAUGUUGAAGAUGAUCGCGGGAUUCAGUCCUAUGGGUCGCAUUGGGAAGCCGGAGGAAAUCGCGGAGGCGAUUGUCUGGUUGAGCAGUGGCUCGAGUUCAUGGAUCAGCGGUCAGAUUCUCCGGGCCAACGGAGGCAUGGCUUAG